CAAAACCAAACCAAUCGGACCCAGCGUGCUUUGCGCCGCCACCGUACAAAAACAUGGCUGCGCUCAGGGCCCCUCCCUCAUCCCGGCAUGCACCGGGGAGUAGGGCCGGUCUUUCUGUGGGCCCGGAAGAUGGCGGCCUCUGGCGCAGAGCAGCAGAUCCUAGUCCAGUACUUGGUGUUACGAAAGGAUCUGUCGCAGGCUCCAUUCUCCUGGCCGGCAGGCGCAAUGGUAGCGCAGGCUUGUCACGCAGCCACAGCGGCCUUGCACAUUCACCGCGACCACCCCCACACGGCCGCUUACCUUCGGGACCUGGGGCGCAUGCGCAAGGUGGUCCUCGAGGCUGCAGAUGAAAGCACCCUGAAGGAGCUGGCUGAGACCCUGCAACAGAGCAACAUUGACCACAUGCUGUGGCUGGAGCAGCCAGAGAAUAUCGCCACUUGCAUUGCGCUCCGUCCCUACCCCAAAGAAGAAGUGAACCAGUAUUUGAAGAAGUAUCGAUUGUUCAAGUGACUCAUGCUAUCAGUUGCCUUGAUAUCUUUAUCAGCUGGAUCCAGAAACUGCAUGCCAUCUAUCCCUGAGCAUCAUGUACUCCUUUCAAUGGCAACUCGUUCUUCUCUUUAGGCUGUGAGUGUUUCUGGAGGGUCAAACACAUGUUCGUAUUAAAGUUGUCAUUAAUAAGUA